CAUACGACAACAAAUUAGUAACAAAACCAAAAACAAAAUCCAAAAAACACUAGCUUUUGUAUAUAUAGUUUAUGGAAGUGUAUGAAACUACUUUUUCACAAUAUUUCACCACAACAAGACCAAAAACAACCCAAAACCAUGUCAUCUUCAACCUCCCAAACCCAAAACCCCCAACUUCGCAAAGACCCAAUUUCAAACCGCUGGGUAAUCUUCUCACCCGCAAGAUCAAAGCGACCCACCGACUUCAAAUCCAAAUCACCCUCAAACCCUAACCCCAACACCACCUGCCCUUUCUGCAUCGGCAACGAACACCAAUGCGCACCCGAAAUCUUCCGGGUCCCGACAAAUGACCCGAACUGGAAGAUUCGGGUCAUUCAGAAUCUUUACCCGGCCCUCUCACGCGAUCUUAUAGACCCGGUUGGUGUAACUUCCGGUUCGGUUUUGGAUGGGUUUGGGUUUCAUGAUGUUGUUAUUGAAACUCCGGUUCAUUCGGUUCAGCUUUGUGAUUUGUCGAGGGAGGAAAUUGGAGAGGUUUUUGUUGCUUAUACGAAGAGAAUUCAACAACUUGCUAAGCACAACUCUAUCAAAUACGUUCAGGUGUUUAAAAACCACGGUGCUGCAGCCGGUGCAUCAAUGACUCAUUCCCAUAGUCAAAUGAUAGCCAUGCCGGUUAUUCCGCCUACUGUUUCCGCACGCCUUGCAAGUAUGAAGGAUUUUUACAAUCAGACUGGGAAAUGUUGUGUUUGUGAAAUUCAACGCGGGGAUCUUUUGAUCGAUUCCUCGACCUACUUCUUUUCAUUGGUUCCUUAUGCCGCUUCAUUUCCUUUUGAAAUAUGGAUCGUUCCUCGUUAUCACUCUGCUCAUUUCCAUGAAUUGGAUGCCGAAAAGGCAGUUGAUCUCGGAGGUUUAUUGAAACAGAUGCUGAGGAAGAUUUCUUUGCAGUUGAACGAUCCGCCGUUCAACUUUAUGAUUCACACUAGUCCACUUCAUGGCGAUGAAUCGGAAUUGACAUACACUCAUUGGUUUAUACAGAUAGUGCCUCAACUAAUUGGGACGGCGGGUUUCGAGCUCGCAACUGGGUGUUACAUAAAUCCAGUUUUCCCAGAGGAUGCUGCAAAGGUUCUAAGAGAAGUGAAUGUUCCAGAAUCAGAAUAAAAAAGAUAGAAACAUACUGUUAAACUUAGAACCUGUUUGGAUUAAGGUUUUAAGCUCGCAAUUGGAUGUUACAUAAAUCCAGUUUUCCCUGAGGAUGCUGCAAAGAUUCUAAGAGCAGUGAUUGUUCUAGAAUCAGAAUAAAAAAGAUAGAAACAUAGUGUUAACUUACAGCCUGUUUGGGUUAAGCUUUUUUGAGCUUAUAUCCGCCGACAUAAGCACUCGUGAGACCGUGGAGGAUACCUUGUGUAAAAAACUUAGAUGUUUAUUCUGUAUUACAUUUACAUCUAUACAAGAGAUUGAAGUUGAAUCUUGUUAUCA